GGCUUUAGAGAUAAAUUGAUAUUUGAAUCCUCUCAGACACCCGAUCUGGUCCUCAAAGGAUAUGGGGAGGUUCGACCUCUAAUAUUCAAAACUAUCCUUUUUUGGCUGCUCUCCUGGACACUGAUCGUUUCAACAUGUUCUGGCAAGCCUGCUCUGGCACAAUCCUUAACAACCGUGCCGUCCUCGCCGCUGCUCACUGCAUAACCGAUGAGAGACUCCAUUUGUGGCGCGUCCGUGUAGGGACAAGUUAUCCCAACGCCGGUGGUGCUGUCCACGAGAUCCAGCGACACAUUGUCCAUCCUUUAUACACUUCCAAAACUAUGGAGCACAACAUCGCUAUCAUACAUGUCGUCGUCCCCUUCACGUUCAGUAACUUAAUCAGCCCUGCGUCCAUCGCAGGUCCUAACUACAGCGUCGCAGACAACCAAGGGGUCAUAGCUAUUGGUUGGGGUUGGGGCUACAGUUGCACUCCAUCUCUGUGGUAUUCAGACAGUAAGCGGUUUCCUGAGAUAAUGCGUGAAGUCCCGCUUCUGACAACGCCUCAGGAAACAUGCAGAGACAGCUAUGCUCCUCUUGGUAUCGCCAUCACUGACAACAUGUUGUGUGCCGGCUGGCCUGUUGAUAACCGUGGACACUGCGCAGAAGAUUCUGGUGCUCCUCUCUUACACAAUAGAGUUGUUAUUGGCGUGUUCGCGUUUAGAUUUGGUAUCUCCGAUCCUGAACACCCAAGUAAUCUUACUCGAGUAUCCAACUACACAUCUUGGAUAACCUCAAAUGCAUAGAAGAAAAUUUGCUGAGAAAAAGACAGAUAAAUAAAAAUCAUUAAUUCGUAAACAAAAUGAAAUGUUUGUCAUAAUUUUACUGGAGUAUAAAAUUUUUGAAAAAUUCUUCAUGUCUAAUAAAAAAUUUAUAGCAUAA